GAGUGGGAGGUAGAGGAGUGCAGUGACACAUUUUCGCCAUUUGCUCACCAGUGGAAGCACAUACGAGGUUAAAUGUGAGAGUGAUAAUUAACCCCAAGACACUCAGUUCGCAGGAGCAGAGGCUGAGGCGUCACAGUGCACAACACCAUGAGUGAGCCAUGCGGCGGCGGUGGUGGUGGGGUCAGAACGCGGACCUAUCCCUCCGUCAAUAGCAUGGAGAGAGGCGGCGGUGGCGGCAGUGUGGUGGGUGGCGGCGGUGGUUCCUCGUCCUCCACAUCAGGGUUUCCAAGGAUGUCGCUCCGCUCGCUGAUAUUCAACAGUCCAUUUUCUAUUCGAACGAGGCCCAAAAGAGUCCGCACACCACCGUCCUCAUACAAAUUAACGAUAGAGUCUGAAGGGGUCAGUGGCGGCGGUGCUGGUAGUGGUGGUGAGUCGUUUGGUGGCGGAGCGAGUGAUGGGAGUGUGCCAGGUGACCCUCCCAGCUGGAGCUCCAUCCGGCGCCAUCAUGCAGGGGGAAGGAGUCUGGUGGGGAGCAGGCGGGGGUCUGUGGGAUCCCGGGCCGCUGUGAGGGGGGAAUCCUGCUCCUCAGAAAGGGGUGCGUGUGGUGGUGCGACACUGGGCAGUGGUGAGGCUGUGGCAACCCCUGCAGCGGCAAGCGGUGGUGGCCCACACGUCACAGAUCCCCCCACUGGUGCGACAACAGCGACAGGAGGGGGAGAGGCAGGCCGGAGGGAGUGCCCGCUGUGCCUGCAAGAGGUGCCUGGGGAUGCCUUCCCCACGCUGCUGUCGUGCCCACAUUCGGCCUGCCUGGCCUGCCUGCGUCAGUACCUGCGGGUGGAGAUCACAGAAUCCAGAGUGAACAUCAGCUGUCCACAGUGCAGCGAACUCAUGCAUCCGUCAGACAUCCACGACAUCGUCGACAAUGCACUUCUCUCCUUCAAGUUUGAGGACUUCAUGCUGCGCCGUGUCCUCUCCACAGACCCUGACACACGUUGGUGUCCCGCCCCGGACUGCGGGUACGCAGUGGUGGCCUCUGGGUGUGCCGGGUGCCCCAAGCUGAAGUGUGAGCGGCCGGGUUGUGGCAGCUAUUUCUGCUAUCACUGCAAGGCGGAGUGGCAUCCCAACCAGACCUGCGACAUGGCCCGGGCACAGCGGUCACCCAACAUGCUGCUCUCCUCAUUCAGCUACCUGCACGACAUCCAGACCAGUGAUGACGUGAAGGCGUGUCCCCGUUGCCAAGUAUUGAUAGUGAAGAUGGAUGACGGCUCGUGCAACCACAUGACCUGCAGUGUGUGUGGUGCGGAGUUCUGCUGGCUGUGCAUGAAGGAAAUUUCAGACCUUCACUAUCUCAGUCCGUCUGGGUGCACCUUCUGGGGCAAGAAGCCAUGGUCCAGGAAGAAGAAGAUCCUGUGGCAGCUGGGCACCCUGGUGGGAGCUCCCCUGGGCAUUGGCCUAGUGGCGGGCCUUGCUGUGCCAGCCAUGAUCAUAGGCAUUCCCAUCUGGGUGGGAAGGAAACUCCACGCACGGUACUCCAUGAGCAAUCCACAUCGACGUAACCUAGCUGUGGUGGGCGGAGUGACAGCCUCGGCUGUCAUCUCCCCUGUGCUGGCGGGACUGGCGGUGAGCAUAGGGGUGCCCAUCCUGCUGGCCUACGUGUAUGGUGUGGUGCCCGUGUCUCUGUGUCGCUCAGGGGGCUGCGGUGUCACCACGUCCGCCUCGGGGGUGAGGAUAGCCUUCGACGACGAGAACGGGAUGGUCUUUGGCCUUCCCGGGAGACAGUCAGAGUCAAGUCAUGUAGGAGGAGGAACAGCCAGCAUCGGGGAGGUGUCGUGUGGAGCGUCCCUCUCGGCUGACUCGGCUGCCCAUGCCCUGGCAGAGAGUGAUAGAGAGAGUGCCAGUAAUACAGCCAUUGCCCCUGCUUCCCUGACAGGCUCCAUUGCCUCUUCCUGCAUUUCUCGAACGAAUAGGCUGGAGGUUCAUGUAGACAUAGCACAAGGGACUCGGUCAACAGCCAGUGGAGAGACGGCCUCGCUGGCCAUCUCAGAGCGGUCCACUCACACCCUGGACACUGAGAACGCCUCACUGCGUGGCCUGGCUGGGUCACUCCUGCAGUAUAAGGUGUGUGAGAGUGAGGCAGAGGGAGACCUUGGUGGUGCAGCAGACAGUGCCAGCGGUGUGUUGGAGGGCCUGGGUCCCCACCCUGCCGGCCUGGGUCUGCACUCCUCACUGCCGCCGGCCAGUGACUCUGGCUCGGCUGAUCUGCGGCUGGACAGCGUGAGUGCCAUCAUCACAGCGCGGCAGUUCUCGCGCCGGCACAGUGCCUCCGGCGGCCGGGGUGUCACAUUCCAGGGAGACGGGCCAGAGGCGGUGGACCACGUGGCCCUCACCCUGGAUGAUGACGGGGAGGAAGCCGAGGCACCAGACAGCCCCUUCAGCUUUGAGGAGGGCCAGGCAGCUCCCUCUGCUGGCCCCGCUUCCCUGAGCAGCCAGCCUGAGGUGGAGAGCCAGUCCCCAGCGGCGGCUGCAACGCCACAGAGUGGCUCUCCAGUGUUGGCGGCUGUCCACCACCCCCAUGGCCCAAGCGCCCCACACCCGCACCGCCGGGGGCGGCGGCGGCGGGCCUCCAGUGCAGAGGGGAAGUCCAGCCGGAGCUUUGAGCGGCCGGCCCGGUGCGAGUCCUUCCCUAAGGUGGAUACGUAGUUCAUCUGUGAUAACUGUUUCUUCCCUCUUUUGUACACCUCAGCCGGACGGUGAGAUGUGGUGCCCUGCCAUGCAAUGCUCCACAUACGGUCUUGCUGGCUCAGGGGCAGGGGGAGGCAGCCGGGGCAGGGCAAAUAUUGGGGGGAGGCUCUGGGAAGCUUGGGGUGGGGCCCUUUGGGGGGUGGCAGUGACCUGGGACACGACCCUCUGUGGCAGUGUAUGGGGGCAGGAGGGAGGGAGUAAGGGGGUGAACACAGCCACACAUGGUGCCUGCCCCGCCCUGCCCCGCCGUGGCCUGGUGGGAAGGGCUGCUACUCACCGCACUGGGACACAAUUAGUUACCUAUUUGACAAGUGAGCCAUUGCUUCCACUUUCUGUCCUGAUUCUGCUCAGAUCAGCAAACCCUUACUGGCUCGGUCAGUAUGUUUGCAUCUAUUCCACACUUUUCUUUUAGUUCUUUAUUCACAAAAGAUGGUUUUAUUUCAAAUUAAUCUCUUAGGAUCUCCAGUGUUCCUAUAAAGUUGUUGUUUUUAGUAUUGGUAUUAAUGAGGUUUUAUGUCCUGUGAUGCUUCAAAGAAUCGUCUCUUACAAGAAAUAUUGAUUCCUCAACUUGUGUUGAAUUUUCAGAUUUUUUAUUUUUAUUUCAUUGUAUUUUUUGCUGGUCUGAUGGGAACAUACAGAAAUAUUGAAUGGGUGGUCUUUCCACCCUCUCAAAUAUCACAUUUUAAAACAUCCUGUAGGCUAUGGCUUAUUUCUCAUGCAAGAGGAGUGGCUGAGGGCCAAUAAAAAGAUAAAUGAUAAUAAUAAUAAUAAAAAGGCCCACUGAUAAUGCCAUUCCCAAUUAGUAACCAAUUAAUAACACUUAGCUCAAAAUUCCUUCUUUAAACAACCCAGUGUGUUUGUGUGUGCAUGUGUGUGUCCCUCCUUCCCUCCCUCCCCCUGUCCCUUCCAUGCCACAACAAAACAUUCCAGCCCUGACACAGGGACACCAGGGGCAUGACAGACCACUGGGGAAGCAAAGUGAUAAAGAAAAUAAGUGUGGAGUCUAAGAGAAAUUAUGGUGCAUAUUAUGAUAGUGCCUCCUCCUUCUCUUCCUCCUCCUCCUCCUCCUCCUCCUCCUCCUCCUCCUCCUCCUCCUCCUCUUCCUCUUCCUCUUCCUUUUCCUCCUCCUCCUCCUCCUCCUC